AUGGAUGAAACCCAAAGACCAACUAGUGCAGCUGGGUACGCAUUUUAUUAGAAAAUAUUUAAUUUUUUUUUUCAAUUUCUUGCAGAAGUCAGCAAAACCCGAUGAAUCUUUCGAUAAACGCCGCAGAACGAUCGAUUGAACGCCUGGCGCCUAUUUCUGUAAGGUAAGUUUUUGAUAAUUGGUGAGAAUAUGAAAAAAUAAAGUUACUUUGCAGAGCAGGAAUUCAGCUGACCGAAGCGUUCGCAGAGCUCACCGAGCACUGGAAACAGUACACGGAAAUAGAAGGAGCCGACCGAAUCGCUGCGAUAAUUAAGGAUUUGACAGUAGAAGAGCAGCUGGAACGGUGUGAACACAUGGAAAAAAUUGAGAUCAUCGGUAGGCUUUCGAAAGAGAACCAGAAAAAACUGAAAAAUCAUGAAAAACAUUUCGUUUCAGGUAUCGUUCGAUACAAUCUCCGCAAAAUGACGACGAUAAAGGAGGAGAACGAGAUGCUGACGCAGCAGAAUCGUGAGCUCGCGGAGAAAAUGCAUCGUGUCGAGCACCGAAUCGCCAAGGCUCAGGGUCAGGUCUUCGACAAAAUGCACAAAACGGUCCGACAAAUUCUCGACGAUUUUCACACGCGAGAACUCGAUUUAGCGCGGAAGACUGAGGAGUUGGAGGCGGAAAGGAUGAAUUUGACGGCGAAGAACUCGAAAUUGGAGGCGAAAGUGGAAAAUUUGGAGAGAAAACUUGAAGAAUUGGAGCAGAAAUCGACGAGUUUGCAGCAGAAAAAACAGGAAUUGGAGGGGACCGUCGAGGAGAAAGAAUCGCUUUUCGAGAGAUUGGCCAAGAAAUACGACGAGCAAAGCGACGAAGUGUUCCAAUUGAGAGAAUCGUUGGAGCAGUCGAAGCAGACGGUCAGAGAAAAGUCGGAUGAGGCAGUACAAGAAGCGCUGGACGCGCAAAACCUGAGAAUCAUGCUGGUGAAGCAGAAGGACGAGAUUUGGGAGCAAGCUCGACGGCACGAGCAGGCAAUCAAAGACGACAUGGACGAGUACCGUUCGAAGCUCGAACAUCAGAUGGUGAUGCUCAGGAAGAAGUGCAAGGACGAGAUGGAGACAAUAGGCAAGGAGCAUCGGACGGCGCUUUAUCAGCGAGACUCUCGCAUCCAAAUGCUCGCGACAGAGCUGCAAAAGAAGCAAUUGGACGUGGACAAGUACGAGAAGCAUCUGGAAAUGAUUGUGGCGCAGAUCAAGGGAAAUAUGAAGAGAAGUCUGGCGGUGAAUUACAAGGAUCUGAUCGAGUCCAUCUCGGCUAUAAAUGUGCCGGAGCCGCCGUCGAAUCGAAACGACUCGUGGCUCGAUGCGGUCAGAGAGAUUGAGGCGGAAAAUAACAAGGAGAACGGCAAGAAACGGACUAAUAGCGGUAAGCCAAGUCACAUUUCGGCGCAAAGUCAUAAAUUGAAAUUGCAGGUCGUUCAUCAUGUCCGCCGUCGCCAAAACGGUCAGUCGGAGUGCAGGCGCGUCCGGAAAGAGAAGCGCCACGUGUCGUCGUCCGCCGUCCGAUGCCCGGUCCGUUCCAGACGACGUCCGCUCGACUCCCCUCCACUUCAUCCUCCCAUCAUCAUCGAAAGUAG